AUGGAGCGCAGUACCCUAGCCGGAAGAAAAGGCGUAAAAUUAUUGAUGUUAUUCCGAGUGGAGUUUCCCUGUCCCCGUGCUCAUAGAUUCGCAGAAAUGUCCUCCCCUUACAUGCUUUUGCCUCAGGCAGUGACCGCCAUACCCCUUCCAGCGCGCAGCAAUUAUCGGAAGAUGGCGUUUAACGGAUUAUGUGAAGCUGUCUUGACGCAGUCUUUCGCUCGCCCUCCUGAGUUUAGACGUUGA